GGCUCGGGGCGCCGCCGCUCCUUCCGCCUUCCCGACGGACCCCGCGCGGCGCUUGCGCACUCGGUGACCUUUCCGCGUCGUUAGCCGUGCGGGUCCAGGCGGCCUGAGCUGGGGGUCGGGGGCCGAGAUGCUUCAAAGCCUUAUUAAGAAUGUUUGGGUCCCCAUGAGGCCCUACUAUACCCAAGUUUACCAGGAGAUUUGGGUAGGAAUGGGGCUGAUGGGCUCCAUCAUUUAUAAAAUCAGGGCUGCUGAUAAAAGAAGUAAAGCUUCGAAAGCUUCGAGUCCUGCCCCCGCCCACGGUCACCAUUAGCCAGCUUUCCUCGGAGCACACGUGAGACUGACCAUCUGGCUGUAAAUCCCGGCAGCUCUGUUAGAUGGGCGCGUGGAGCACCGCCGUACGCGUGUAGACGUGUUGUUUCCUUUGUGGCGUGAAUAAAUGGAACUGUGAGGUGCGCCUGUGCCCGUGUCCCCUUGUCCGCCUCCCCGGUGAGCCGUCCCGUCCUCGAUCGCCACAGGAGUCGGGGUUAGGCCGAGGCCCUCACCCCUGUGAUGUCCAGUAAACAGUUGUGAAACA